AGCAGCCGGAGCCUCCUCAAGCUCACUGUUAUGGAUGUGAAGUGGAUUCACGUGUUGGUCAUCUUCUUCUUCCUGUUGUCUAUUGCGAUGACAGGCUGCUUUCUGUGGCAGUACAGCCUCCCCAAGGUGGAGCCCAGCCCAUCUAUAAUGGAAGCGAGAUCAGAAGCUUUGCAGAUGUGCCCCCGUUAUCCUGAACCAGUACCACUGGACCACCCAAUCCCCAUUCUAAAGGAUGCAUUGGAGAAGGUAGAUAUAAUGCUGCGCCAAAAGAUUCAUAGCUCUGGUCUCCCUGCCAUGUCUGCCAUCGUUAUCUACAAUGACACUGUGCUCUGGACAGGCAACUUUGGGAAGAAGAAUGGUUCGGACCCCUCCUCAGUGGUGCCCAAUGAGUACACUAUUUACAGAAUUGCCAGUGUCUCCAAGAUCUUUCCCACCAUAAUGUUGUACAAGAUGUGGGAGGAAGGAAAAGUCACAUCUCUUGAUGACCCGUUUGAGCGUUAUGCCCAGAACUUUGUUAUUAAGAACCCUCUGGGAAGGCUCAAGGAAUCAGAACAGAGAUACACAGCAGAUGGGCUGAUUUUUUUGGAAAAAGGCUCAACGCCACUUAAGCCAUCAGCUGUUACCUUGCGCAGAAUGGCCAGCCAGCUCUCAGGUCUGCCCAGGAGGCUGCGAUCUACCAGCCUGCUGUGGAAGGGCAAUACACAAGACGCUCUAGCUCUCCUGAAAGAUGAUGUCUUGGUUGCUGAUCCUGGAACCAGAUGCCACUACAGCAAUUUGGCCUUCUCAUUAAUGGCACACGUGCUAGCUGACCAUGCCGCUGAGGGGCAAUAUCAGCGCUGGAUCUUGGAGAACAUCCUGGACCGCUUGGGCAUGGAGGACACUGGCUUUGACAUCACUCCACCGAUCCGCUUUUUUUUUUCCCCCCCAGCCCCUCUCUAUGACCUUGGCUGGUACAGGCCUUCUGGCCAGAUGUACUCCACAGCUGCUGACCUUGCCAAGCUGGCAAUGGUCUUCUUAGGCACCUACCACCGUCGACUCCUAGAGCCUGACACAGUGAAGACGAUGCUGACCCCUCUCUUUAAGUGCUCCACUGAAUACUUUGCUAACAAGACCGGCACACCCUGGGAGAUUAACGAGCAGUUGGGAUAUGAUGUAAUUAGAAAGGACGGAGACCUUGAUGGUUAUUCGGCUACCUUCUCCCUUAUCCCCAAACUCCGCCUGAGCUUCAUUGUGCUGAUGGCAGGACCCAGGCCUCAGGGUGGAGAUAUUGUGACUCAGACAUAUGAGUAUCUUAUUCCUGCCAUGGAGACGGCAUUCAGAGAGGCAGAGAAAAGUUUGAUUCCUCCUCCAAGUCCAGGUCCUUAUGUUGGCUACUAUACCUAUUCUAAUCUGACUUUCUAUGAGAUCAAAGUUGGACCUGGUGGGGUGCUGGUCAUGCAGCAGUUUGGGCCUCAUGUGGAGGAACUGAUUCCUGAAAAGUACCGGACAAUCAAGCUCCAUCACCUGGAAGAUCGUGUUUUCCAAGUUGUUUUUGACAAGGAGUUCCCAUGCGUUCUGCAGCUGGGCUCUGCUUCUAUCUCACUGGAGACCCAAAAUGGGCAGCUCUUUAACUUUUAUCCAUUUGAUCGCAAGGGUUUGUCUCCUGGCUUUGAUGCACCAGGGCUGAACACAUACAAUGUGGUGCGUGUACCUCGUAAACCUGUAUUCUAUAGCUAA